AUCUUUUUCAAAUUGUCUCAGGAAACGUCAACUACCAGAAGCUUAUCCCUCUGGAUUAAGAAUUGCUAGUGUAUCCUCAUCUACCACAAGGGGACUCACCAAUGUCGUCCGCAGAGGCACCCAAGGUGCCUGUUUACUCGAGCAAUGAUCUGAAAUCCACCACCGACGAUGCCCUGGCACCACACCUCACCACCCUGCCGCAACCCUACCGAUUUACCCAAGACAACACCAUGCUGAACGUGCGCUUGCUGCUGGGCUACUCGGCCGUCGCCAUUGCCGGGUUCACCUUCUACGCAGACCGCAUGCUGAAGUGGGAGGCGACUCGCUCACCGUGGAUCCUGGCGGCCGUCGCAUCGUACUUCAUUCUGAACUCCCUUCUCACAUACUGGAUCUGGGCCGUCGAGGCGGGCGAGGUGUUCCGAGGCAAGCGCAAGUCGGGUGAAACAAUUGUGAUCCGCUCCUCCGUCAAGAAGCAUUCCCCGCUUUAUAAGCUCAAGGUUCAGUACACGUCUCCGGCGGGCAAGGUGAUCCAGGAGAAGGAGAUCGAAACGUCCUUCACGAAGUGGUUUGCAGCCGACGGGACGUUCCACAUCCAGCCGCUCCGCGACUGGUUGGCGAGCGAGAUUGAGGUUCUGCGGCUCGCGGCGAACGAGAUUCAGAAGAAGACGGGCGGUGUUGCGAGUCAUGUCGCCGUGCAGGAGGCGGAUCACGGCGAAGGGGGCAAGGGUGGGCAGAAGAGGAAGUGAACCCACGGCGUAAUGAACCCUCGUUUUACCACGAACAAAAACAUCCAGGGUGAUUAUCGGAUCUGCAUGUCAAAAUGGCGCAACGUUUGGGAAUGUAUCUGGUGUGAUGUCAGGCUCUCUUUUCCAAAUCGUAUCUUGCGGGGUUC